UACCUUAUUAAAAUGCUGCCCUGCCUUGUCUCCCCUCCAUUUCAAUUCAAAAUUUAAACCAACCAACUUCAAUUUACUUAUUCUGCAUCAACCCCUCAUUUUUUUCUUCAUUGUUCAAUUAAGUCCUAUUUUCAGUUGCAGAAGAGUAUGAUAGCUUGGUAAAAUUUAACAAGAAUGAGCACAGCUAGGUUUAUCAAGUGUGUAACUGUUGGUGAUGGUGCUGUUGGGAAGACUUGUAUGCUUAUUUCUUACACCAGCAAUACCUUCCCUACCGAUUAUGUGCCUACAGUGUUUGACAACUUCAGUGCUAAUGUUGUUGUUGAUGGGAGUACAGUCAAUCUUGGCUUAUGGGAUACUGCAGGACAGGAAGAUUAUAACAGGUUAAGACCAUUGAGUUAUAGAGGUGCAGAUGUGUUUCUUUUGGCUUUUUCCCUUAUAAGCAAAGCAAGCUAUGAGAAUAUUUCUAAGAAGUGGAUACCCGAGCUCAGGCAUUAUGCACCAACUGUACCAAUUGUUCUUGUUGGGACCAAACUUGAUCUGAGAGACGACAAGCAGUAUUUGAGUGAUCAUCCUGGUGCUACACCAAUCACAACUGCUCAGGGAGAAGAGCUAAAGAAGAUGAUAGGUGCUGCUGCUUAUAUAGAGUGCAGUUCAAAGACUCAGCAGAAUGUGAAGGCAGUGUUUGAUGCAGCAAUCAAAGUAGUUUUGCAGCCUCCGAAACCGAAAAAGAAGAAACGGAAGCCGAGACCGUCAUGCUUCUUUCUGUAAUAUCAAUUCUUGAUUUCUUGCUUAAGAAUUUGAAUUCUUGCUUGCCAUUAGUCUCUGAUCCUCUGUCGUUUUACUGUUUUCUUCUUCAAUUCUCCCGCUACAUCUUUUACUUCAAUUCUUUGCUUUCCUGUAAUGUAAUAUGUCAUAAUUACUUUAGACAUUUGUAAUCAAAUUUAUAGUCAUUGAGUUAUAAGAUUAUGAUUUCUGCUCUUA